GUAGCUACAGAGAAUCUUCGUCUCCCAAUUCCACCUGAUAUCGAUCCUCGCAUGGCUCGUCUUAUUGAGCUUUGUCUCAAAGAGGAUCCUGGAAAGCGACCUAGAUUUGAUUUACAGAUCCUUCAAAUUCUGGAUAAGAUGCGCGAAAAGGCUGCAGCUUUAGCCAUAAAUCUGGUGGGUACUGUUGGGUCUGGAGGUCUCUCAGCAGCUAAUUCCACACUUAUGUCCAGGCUACCUACAUAUCUGCAGUCGGGACCAGGCCAUGAUUCUUCUCAGGGACUCGUAUCGCCUAUUCCUCCAGGCCCAGUUGGUAUAACCCUUCAAUAA